CUAGUCGUUGUCAUUUCCUCGUCUGGAUCGUCUAAUUCCAAACUCAUCCUUCUCUUUUCACUAAUAACACCAACUAGCCAUUCUUCCAUUUCCAAUUUCCAGUGCUUGUCUGCCGAUGUUUAUCGUAUCUCCCUUCACCGUGAUAGACCUUAGCUUUCUCUCUCAUUUUUUUCUACUGAACUCAUCAAACCAGGUGCCUUCUUACAGCGUUUGAGACCGAAAAGUUAUAGCCCAAUUGAGAGAGAGACAUAUAUAAACUAGAGCAUGGCAGGAUAUCUGGGGAUUGGUUUCAUGGCUGCCUUUGCAGUUUCCGGAAGUGUAGUUCUCAUUGCACGUCAGCUCCACAAACGUCUCCUCUCUGAUUUCAUGAAGCAGAUGGAAUUUGAAUUAAGGGGAUCAAGGAGAUCAUGUCAAGACAAGAAGAGGGUGCGAUUUGCAGAUGAUGUAAUGGAGCCAUCAUCUAAUAACAAAGAAUAUCGUAGGAGACGCAUAAAGAUAACCAAAGGUAACAACCAGGUCUCGAAAAUGGAGGAUUGUGUUCAAGACCAGAGUCGUUAUGCUGGUGCAAAACUCUUAGAAAUCAUUCAAGUGUAAACCUGUUUUUGAUCUUCAAAAACUGCUUGGGUUGUCCUGGAAGGUGUUAAUAAAAACCUUGUGUUGCUCGAUCUUGACUAGAUUAAUUAUAAAAAUAUAAAGAUUUGCAGAAGUGAAA